GCUCACGUUAACUUGUUAACUACACAAACGAUAUACUACAUAGGUAAAUUUCAUCAGCGACAAAUCUGAUUGGUUAAGGGAUCCGUCACCCUCUAGUGAAUUACUAAAGCUUUAGGAUUGCAACAUUCAGCUGUUUGACGAUUUCGAGUUGGGCUUUGCCCCCUUUUCCUCACAUUUCGUAAAAGUAGGACAUCUUAAACAGUGUGGACAUUAAAAACAAAAACAACUGAUUGAAAACAACUAAAAUGAGUGUUGUUUGGAUUUUUGGGAGUUGGGCUAGUUGGAGCAAACUCCGAGGCAACGACGAUGAUGAUUGGGUGGAUAGAAUAAAUCAUUUAUACACGGUGGUAUUACUGUGUGUCUUUGCUGUGUUUACAGGCGGCGGCCAAUAUGUCGGUGACCCGAUCCAAUGUUGGUGUCCAGCACAAUUCACGGGGGCGUAUGUCUCGUAUACGAAAUCCUACUGUUGGAUUAAAAACACGUACUAUAUUCCCAUGAAUAACGCCAUCCCUACAGAUCACAUGGACCGUGAAUCAGAAGAACUCGCCUAUUACCAGUGGAUUCCUAUCAUCUUAGUUUUUAUGGCUUUCAUGUUUAAAUUUCCUUGCCUCGUUUGGAGAAUGUUGAAUGGAUAUUCUGGACUCAACGUUGAAAAAAUCGUAAACAUGGCUGUAUCAACACAAACAAGUGACCCAAAGAAACGCGACGAAUCCGUAAAGCACAUAAGUAUCUACAUUGACCGUUGGUUGGAAACCCACAGACCGUAUUCGCACAACUUCAUGGUCCGUGUUCAACAUAAAAUGGCGCGAUUUUGCUGCGUUUUCUGCAACAAGCGUGAAGGCACAUUUUUAACCGGACUGUACAUGUUUGUAAAGAUCUUGUACUGCGUCAACAUCAUAUGUCAGUUCUUCAUCUUGAAUGCCUUUAUGGGUCACGAUUUCUUUUCAGCGUACGGAUUUGAAGUUAUUAAUGGUCUAGCAAACGACUGGGAAAUCAAAGAAUCAUACAGAUUCCCACGUGUCACGCUUUGUGAUUUCGAUAUUCGACAACUUGCAAAUGUACAAAGAUGGACAGUCCAGUGUGUAUUGCCGAUCAAUCUAUUCAACGAGAAAAUUUUCAUCUUUUUAUGGUUCUGGUUUGUUUGCAUAGCUGUAGUGACAACUGGAAAUUUCCUGUUCUGGAUUUGGCGAGUGGUUGUAAAACAAAACCGUGUCGCUUACGUCAAAAAGUUUUUGAAAGUCAAUGAUCAGCUUCAUGGAGAAGACGAGAAAAAGUUAUGCAGAAAGUUUGCCAACGAUUAUCUUAGAGAUGAUGGACUAUUUGUGUUACGUAUUGUAGCAAGAAAUACGAACUCUAUACUACUGACAGAUCUAGUCAUGUGCCUAUGGGGCAUUUACAAAGACAAACCGGAAGUAAGAAAAGAAAAUGAUUACAAUGACACAAACCCAUAGUGAAAUUUGUUAAUUUAGCUAAACUACCGCCAAAAGUGGUCUUUCAUCAUGUCGCGUGACAUUCCAGACUGUGCACACGUUACCAUUCCUAUGCAGAUGACGCGUUAUGCAUUUUAACUUAGGUGCUAGUGUGACAAAGACUUAAAUGCAUUAAUAUUUCAUGUCUUAUUUUUGUCAAUGAUUGCCAAUUGUUACCAUGGUGAUGUGGACGUUAUUGUUAGGUCUUUAAUAGGACCCCUCACUGCCCAUUUUUACAGGCAUUUCAUAGUGAUAGUGAACUGUUUUACAAAUGUACAUUGUUGAUUCGUGUUAUAUUGUUAAUUGAAAAAGAGUCAAUAUUUUUUUUAUAAAUCUUUUGAAUUUUAGAUUUGAAAUUCAUUGGGCAUUUUACAUUGUAUUUCGUACUGUUUUCGUGACCAGUUGUUCAUUAAAAACUAUGUAUAGAAGUUCAGUAAUUUUAUGUUUGAGACUACUUCAUGACAACAAGAACGUUUAGUACAAGCAUUGAUGACGUCAUAUAUAUUUCUGUGAUAAAUCCUGUCGGUUGUGAUCUUUUGAAGAUAUUUUCCCACCAACGAAUUAACCAAUCAAAAUCGAAUUACUUUUUUGUAAAAAUAUUGAUUACAUUUUUUUUAUGAAUAAUUAGCAUGUAUAUUUUUUUGAGGAUAUUUUUUAAUAAAAGCGUAGAUUUGCGGGUACAUUUAGUAUAUAGUUAUAUAUCUAAUAUGUCUUCCAUAGCGGCAUUAACGAAAUCGUUGUCUUCCAUUUUGUAAAGUUUUUAAAAUUUUAUUUAUAACCAUUUGAUAUGUUGUAAAUAUAUGAAACGUAAGUGUAGGUUAAGGUCACAUGAUUGCUUUUUUGUCAUUUAAUGAAAACAGAGCUUAAUGCUUUAAUGUUACUAUCCUGACCAGAUUUUUAGCAGACUUCGUGUUUUUGUGAAUUUGAUAAUGUGUCCGGAUUUAUUUCAUAUGCAAGUUGAUGUUCAUUUCAGUAACCAUUAAGCCAUUAAAUGGCAACAUUUAUCAGAAUGCAUUUAUUAAUGUAAGCAUAUUGUUUCCAAUCCAGCCAAAUUGAAAAAGGAGGAAGAAGCAUGAUCUUAAAUCCCAUUUGAAAUUUUCGGUAUAUGCACACAUCAACAUUCAGUUUGUACAAAGUUAUCGUCCUUUUCCGGAAGCGACUUUCAAGGGACUUAACUAGUCAAUUUUGUAACGAAUGUAUGUAUAAUUGUUUGCGAUUGCUAUGUUUUGCAGUUGUAUGUGUAAAUAUACCUUAAGCAGAUUAGUUGAUUAUAAGUUUAGAAUAUAUUAUGAUGCAGUAUCUUAAAAUUAAUAAAAUUUCUAAAGAUCCAAAAGAUA